CUUAUAUACUUUGUACAUGCUGAUUAAAGAAAGUCAGUCUGAGCAAGAUGGCUGGCCGGGCGACUUCGGCCUUCUAUUGCGCCGCGUUCGUUUUUCAUUUACUACUGUUAACGGGCUCGAAUAAUGGGCAGAGAUUCGGUGAGAAAGCGAAAACUCUUUAUGUCACCGAGGAACGUGAACAUCACGGCUACGGACGGCCGCUUGUCAUCAACCGGGACUGGGAUUAUUCAGCGGAUGCCAGCGAAACGUCAUCUAGUCGAACACGCAGGAAUAUUCCCUCGCCGACUCCGACGAAUAAUAAUCCACACAUCACGGCGAAGGUGAACGCGUUGAACGAUUCGCAUCAGCAGUUGAUAGUUCAUUGGGUCGGUGAAAGAUCGAACACGAUAAUAUGCCUGGCACGGGACAGCACGCCGAUGAUAAGAUUGCAGGGAAGCAAGGUACCCCCGAGCCCACCCGCGAACCCUAGCGCCGUGUAUAUUAGCUACGAUUAUGGGGACACGUUCGAAAACAAGACGGAGAAAUUCCGGAUCAACGAUUCGGACUCGAACGAGCCGGCGUCGUACGCGACUCUCGACAAGUUCGUCAACCAUCCGCACUUCUACAAGAACUACAUAUUCGUCGACAGCGCGCACAAGCUGCUGUUCGUCACGCGGGACAACGCGAAAACGAUCGAUAAGAUACCCGUGGAGUUUUACCCGAGCGAGAUCUCGUUCCACGAGACGGAACCCGUCACCUUCGCGUUGGACAAAGUCAACCUCUAUCUAUGGCUGUCCACGGACAUGGGUACCACCUGGAACGUGGUCUAUACGUACGUGGAAGCGUUCUUCUUGCUACCCGGGCCGGUGUUCCUGUUCGAACGGAGCAACACUCUUCUUCAGCUGUCGUUCGACGGGAACAAAGUGUACGACACGGUGAAGCUGGUCUUCAAGGACUUAGAAGAUUUCCAAAUCAAAGGCGACUACAGAUUCGCUACUACGAAGAAAUCGAAGAACGGUACGAAACACUUCGAUCUAUACGUCGCUUACAAGAACUACAGUUUCGUCAAGGCCGAGUUCAACACGGCCCUGCCGAUCAUGAACUACCACGUGGUCGACGUGUCGUACAACAGAAUCUUCGUCGCCGCGUCUCACAGUGAGACGCAGGUGAAUCUGUACGUGUCGGAGAUCGUGAAUCAAAAGAUGGUAACGUUCACGUUGUCCCUCGAGGGGAUCCUCACGUUCUUUCCGAAGAGCACUUGGAAGGACAGCUGGUUGAACGACGUGGCGGACGAGACGUUCACCGACUUGUACAAGGUCGAAGGUCUCCGCGGUAUUUACAUAGCGUCGCAAGUUAAGGGAACGCCGAAGUCAGGAUCGAUCGGCCCGGAGCACUUGGUCUCGUUGAUCUCGUUCGACCAUGGCGCAACUUGGAAUCCUAUAAAGCCGCCGACUUCCAACUACGAAGGUUUCUACAUUCAUUGCGGCAAGAACUGCUCGCUGCAUCUGAGCCAACGAUUCAGUCAACUGUACCCCGUGACGAGAUCGGUCUCAAUAAUGAGUUCGAAAUCUGCCCCGGGGAUUAUAAUGGCCACCGGAGUGAUAGGCCCGAACCUCAAGGGUCAUCCCGCUUUGUACGUGUCGAGAGACGCCGGUCUGAACUGGAUACAAGUCCUUAAAGAUUAUUAUUUCUUCAACAUGGGGGAUCACGGUGGUCUUCUGGUGGCCGUCAAGUACUUCAAGUCCCGCGGCGAGACCAGAGACAUCUCUUACUCGAUAGACGAGGGGGAGACCUGGCAGACUUAUCAAUUCAACGAGAAGAUGUUGCGCGUUUACGGACUGAUGACAGAGCCCGGCGAGAACACGACCGUUUUCACGAUGUUCGGCUCGACGAGCGGUCAACAUCAGUGGCUGAUCAUCAAGGUCGAUCUGCGGAACGUGUUCGAGAGAAACUGCACCGAGGACGAUUUCAAAUUCUGGUCACCGGUGAACUCCGAUCAACUGGGGAUGUCCUGCGUGCUGGGUCGGAAGGAAACGUAUCAAAGGAGAGCCGUGCUAGCUAAAUGCUACACGGGAAUGGAUUACGAUCGGCCCGUCAAGACGGAGAUAUGCCCGUGCGACUUCAACGAUUAUCAAUGCGAUUUCGGCUUCGCUCGAGUGGAGAAUCCUUAUCACUGCGUACGAGAUAAGUCCAUGACCUACGAUCCCUACGCCGUGCCGACCACCUGCACGUACGGCGCGUUUUAUAAUCGCACCAAGGGUUACAUGAAGAUAGCCGACGACGAGUGCGAGGGUGGAUUGGCUGCAAACUACGAGCCGGACGAGAUACCGUGCCCGGUAGAAGAGAAACCGGUUUUCUUAUUGGUAUCGCAGCGGGAGCACAUAUCACGGAUCGAUCUGGUCGUGGAGAAGCUAGAAACGUUGCCUGUUCACGGCCUGAAGAACGUGAUCGCCAUCGAGUUCGAUAUGCAAGAGAACUGCUUGUACUGGGCCGACAUCGUGAACGACACCAUAGGCAGACAGUGCCUGAACGGUACGAGGGCACCCGAGAUACUGGUAGAGACCGAUUUGAGCUCGGUGGAGGGAAUGGCGCUCGACUGGGUGUCCAAGCUGUUGUACUUCGUCGACGGAGUCAAGAUGAGGAUUCAAGUGAUCAGAACGGAUUUAUCCUCUCAGGGGCGAAUGCGGCGGACCAUCCUUGGACCCAACAAUCUUCAAAAGCCUAGGGGAAUAGCUGUGCACCCGAUGAUGGGUUACAUGUUCUGGACCGACUGGGCACCGGGUAACGCCUCCGUGUCGAGAGCUAACCUAGACGGAACGGACAUAAAGAGACUGUUUGUACAGCCGACCGUCGAAUGGCCCAACGGAAUCACCAUUGAUCAUAUAGCCGAGCGUAUAUACUGGGUCGACGCUAGCCAAGAUUACAUCGGAUCCAGCGAUUUCGACGGCAAGAAGUUCAAAAAGGUGAUCACGAAGAACGGGAGGGUAUCGCAUCCGUUCGCGAUCGCGGUGUUCAAGGACAACAUGUACUGGGACGACUGGAAGCUGUCGAUGAUUUUCAGAGCGGACAAAGAUUACGGUCUCGGUAUCAGUACGAUCGUAGGCCAGUUGCCGGGUCUGAUGGAUUUGAAGGUGUUCGGGCACAGCGUUCAAGAGGGUAGCAACGCUUGCGCGAAGAAUCCCUGUUCGCACGUCUGCGUGGGAGCGCCUCACGGACUCUUCACCUGCCUCUGCCCCGACGGAAUGGAAAUGAUCGCGAACAAAUGCAUGUGCCCCGGCGGAGCCACGCCGCACCCGGACUUGACGUGUCCCCGGGUAGCCAGCACGUGUGCCCCGAAUCAGUUCGCUUGCGCGAACAACGCGUGCAUACCGGCGACGUGGCGGUGCGACCGAGACAACGAUUGCGGCGACGGCUCGGACGAGAUUAACUGCAACCGUACCAGUUGCUCGCCGAACUUCGAAUGCGACGACAACAAAUGCAUCUCGAGGCACUGGGUGUGCGAUUUCGAUCAGGACUGCAGAGACGGCAAGGACGAGCUAGACUGCGAGUAUCCAAACUGCACCGACUCGCAGUUCAAGUGCAAGAACGGCAGGUGUAUAUCGCACAGGUGGCGUUGCGACGACGACAACGACUGUAGAGACGGUUCCGACGAGGAGGGCUGCGACAAGAAGGCGUUGCCGAGUACCUGCAGGCCCGACGAGUUCCUCUGCAAGAAGGAGAAGGCUUGCAUACCGGCCGGCUGGAAGUGCGACGGCGAACCGGACUGCGAGGACGGAUGGGACGAGAACGACUGCGCCGAGAUGGUCUGCGAGAGCUGGCAGUUCACUUGCACUUUGUCGCUGGCCAAACAUCGUUGCAUAUACAAUUCCUGGGUCUGCGACGGGGACAAGGACUGCGCCGACGGUUCCGACGAGGUAAACUGCACCACCGUCACCCUACCACCUUCACUGGCGCCGAUUCUACCCAGCAGCCCGUGUAACAAUUGGAUGUUCAUGUGCAACAACAUGAAAUGCGUGCCGUACUGGUGGAAAUGCGACAGCGUCGACGACUGCGGCGACGAUUCCGACGAGAUAGGCUGCGGCGGCGGUAAUGACGGCGAAGUGGAAGAAGGCACGAUCACGUAUCCGACGGUGGAGCCGAAGGUCUGCCCGGAGCAUCAGUUCCAAUGCUUGAACGGCGAGUGUAUUCUGAACGCGUGGGUCUGCGACGGUGGUAAAGAUUGCACUUCCGGUGAGGACGAGCUCCUAUGCAGCGAGAGCGAUCAUCAUUCGUCCGAGUGUUGGAAAGAGGGCAAGUUCACCUGCCGUAUGGACGGAUCUUGCAUUCCCGUGAACAACGUUUGCAACGGCGUAGAGGAAUGUCCGGACGGUAGCGACGAGUUAGGUUGCCCGGGUGAGACCCAUUCGAGUCCGGCAGCGACGCCGUCCUGUUACGCCGGUCUCUUCCCUUGCGACAGCUUCCGCUGUUUCCCGAUGGCGGCUUACUGCGACGGGAAACAAGACUGCAUGGACGGUUUCGACGAGAACAACUGCGAGAAGAACAGCUCGCGCGUUUACCAGGUGUUGGUGAUGGGCGUCGACGAGCGAUCCGUCAACGCUACCAGCGUCAUUCUAUUCUGGUGGAUACCCGUUCCCACGAACGUCACCUUCGAGUUUCUACCUUCGAUAGCGUACGCACAGCCCGGUGCCAAUUGGACGAACGCUAGCCACUGGAUCGAAGACAUGGAGUAUCAGUUCAACGACUUGAAGCCGCACACUCGUUACAACGUGACGGUUCACGUUCGAAUAAAAGGUGGCCAGGCAUUCCCGCCGGCAAAAUAUCAGACAGUGGUGACUGCCGAGGGUGUACCUUCGGAGCCUUGGAACGUGACCGUCACGCAGCGGAACGGGACCAGCGUCGAAGUGUCUUGGAACCCGCCCUUGCAUCCGAACGGAGUCAUCACCGGUUACGAGGGAUUUGUCGCGCCACCGUUACCGCCGAUUCGAUUCUUCAGACAGAAAACCUCGGCUAUUAUAGACAUGCCGUUCGAGGCAGGGAAGAAUUACUCGUUCUGGGUGAUAGCCAAGAACAAGGAACGGGAAUCGGCAUCUUCGAACGUGGCGACUCUCAUCUUCGAUGGAUCGGCAAACAUCGACAAUAUCGACGAUCUGAAGGUGGAAGCGACGACCAAUCAUUCGGUCACCUUGUCCUGGAAGAAGAUGAACAGUGUAGAUUGCUAUCACGUUACUCCGAAAGGACCUGCUACGUACCCCGCGUUACCGAUGACGGUCACCGAGGAGAAUCGCGUCGAGGUGAACCGACUGGCGCCCGGGACCAAGUACACUUUCGAGGUCGGCGCUAUGAAGAACAAAUACGUGGGAAAGCCUUCGUCCAUUAGCGCGACCACCGAGGGGACACCGUUACCGACUAUCACGAAGCUGGUCGCCCAGCUGGUGAAACAGCAAGGAACCACGGUGAAGCUCACCUGGGAUCCUCCUAAAAGUACGAGGAAAAUCAAAUGGCAGUACGCUAUCCAUUAUGCCGUGAACAUGGUGGAAUUCUUUAAAGGACACAAACUAUUGACGACGAACUUGUCAGCGACUAUCAAGGACCUGGAAGCUUGCGAGUCGUACGUGUUCGCGGUCGGAGUGAACGGUGAUUACGGCGCGGGCCCGUUGAGUCAGCCGGUCACGGUAUUCACGCAUUUCAACAAACGCGCCCCACCGAAGAAGCUGAAGGUCUCCCCGUUGGAGAGACACGAUACUAUAACGAUCUCUUGGAGCGCCAGCUGCGCCAACAUCGACGAGCCGAUCAGAUACACGAUCACCGUUUACGAAUACAAUCUGAAGAAACAAUUCGUGGUGACUCUGCCGCCAACGAACGAGACGAUCAUGAAACAUACGUUCAAUUCGCUGAAAUACGGCGGCAAGUAUCAGAUCACGGUUUCCACGGACGUCGAGGACGCUAUACCGAGCCAGCCGGUCGUUUAUUGGGCACCGGAGAUUCAGCCUCCGCAUCAAGUGAAGGUUUUGCAUCGAGGGAACGAAUGCGUCGUAUACUGGAUACAGCACGACCUCCCGGACACCCUGAAACCGGCCAAGUAUCAUUACGAGGUACUGGUGGUGGAGGGCUCGAGCGUGAUGAACGAAUCGGUCGCUAAAGUUUACAAGGUCGACCAGCCGCCUUACACGUACAAAGACGCGAAACCAGACGUCAUUUACACGUUCGCCGUUCGCCUGGUCACCGACGACGGCUACCAAAGUCUUCUCAGCGAGAUGUUCAGCACCAGAUACAGCGAAGAAUUGUCGUUACCAGCGACCACGAUAAACACGUCCAGCAUCCUCUCCUUCGCAAUACCGAUCUGUCUGUUGAUCGUGGCCCUCGGAUCCGUAUUGGCGUACUUCGUCGUCAGGCACAGAAGACUGACCAACAGCUUCACGCAGUUCGCCAACAGUCAUUACGAUACCAGACGCGGGCAAGCAACAUUCCCGGGGACUACCGACGGUUUAGAAGAGGAGGACAGUCCGGUGAUCAGAGGCUUCUCCGAUGACGAGCCACUCGUCAUAGCAUAAAUAUCGAAACUGGGGCAGCAGGUAAACGAAAUCACCCAAUUACGUCGCAACCUGUCUCUCUAUACAUGUAGACGAUAUCGUUACGCGUCAGGAGAAAAAUGAUGUGCCAACGUACGUACGCUCGAUACUAUAUAAAAUUCGAGUACGCAUAUGUACGCAUAACGCAUAAGUAAAUGAAAACCUGAUCAUAAAAGUGGUGGGGAACGUUUAUAAGAAUGGCUCAACAAGACUGACGUGCAUUAUACAAAGACAGAUUGUUUACAUUGGUUUCAUGUACGCGUCUAUUCGUCGUAUCUAACGUAAGUGAGUAACCGAAAUUGUAUUUGUUGAUCAAACGGGUUGUUGUUGUUGUUGUUGUUGUUCAGAGCACUUACACGAAAGUUUUGCCACGAUUGCACAAGAAGACGAAGACGAAGAAAAAGGAUCGUACCCCCUCCUCACACCUCUAUGUUUGUAGAUUAAUUAUUAUACACGUGUACAUGUUAUAGGUCCGAUUAAGUGUACGGAUGAUUUAAGUUUACGUCGUAUCUAUGGAGCCGUGAAGAGUGAGAGAGAGAGAGAGAGAGAGAGAGAGAGAGAGAGAGAGAGAGAGAGAGAGAAUAUUUGUACAUAUAGUGAAUAUUUUGUACGAACAGUCCAACAGAAUUUCUAAUGUUAUUCGGGAGACUAUUGCCAUAUACGUGACGCCGCACGCCAUCGAAUCUGUACUAUGUGUACACGAAAAUGUGAACGAACCGCCUUUCAUUUUAUUGAUCGAUCUUUCUAUUUCGCACGUUCUUGAAUUUUCUUCUCGCGCGUCGUGUUAUUGCUUACGUUUUUCGCUUCUUCCAUGCACGAGCACUUCCAUCGCCGCGAUCGAUCGAUCGAUGAAGAAAAUUCUGAUAAGACUUUUCAACGCUGCUGCAUUACAAAUUUCCUCUUCAAGUUACUGGUUUUCGUUCAUACGCAGAUGCAACUUCGCGAGAACGAGCUUGUCCGUAAUUAAUAAUUAACGCGUAUACAUUUGUAGAACGGUAACGACGGUGAAAGUUCCGAUCGAACGGUGACGAAAAAUUGGAGAUAAUUAAUUGGCGUGACGACACUCUACUAUUACACUUUUAAGCGACUCUGUAACAUAUUCUUGUAAUUUAGAUAUUUCUCUUGUUCUCCGGAGAUGGAAACGGGGAAAGGCGAUCAUUGGAUAUACAAAGAGGCUUUUUAGCGGGGUGACCAUUUGGAAUUGAAUGCUGGGCGUCACGACGUUACGACAGAUUUGUAAAUAUUGUUAAUUGAGUGGACGCGCCGGAUCAAAUCAGUUCUUUUUCUACACUAUAAUCGAAUCGGAAAUUUUUUGCGAAACUAUUUUAAUCGAUUAACUGCGAGUGUUUACACGUUUAUGCGAAUUUUAUAACGACCAAAAAAAAGGAAAAAAAAAACAAUGCGACACGUGCGUGUUUUAUCGAAGAACUCUUCUUUUUUUGUUUGUUACUGCGAACACUUUAUUUUAGCCCAUGAUGAUCCAGCGUGAUAAUAAAAUCGAAUGCCCGUGUAAUAAAUCAUCUAAGUUUACGUAAA